AUGCCGAAGGUUGACUCUGCGGGGGAGGGGGAGGCUGUUUCAGGGCUGCCUCGAGCCCCCGUCGAGGCCCGCUCGCUCUCCUCGAUCACUGCCAUCGCCUCGAAUCCUCCCGCUUACCCCCGCAAUCCGGCGCAGAAGAAGUUGGACCCCCUAGUCCUGUACAUCGUGCGUGUACCCGGUAGUAGAGAUGUCUUCCUCACUCCCUUGAAACCCCCCACGAAAUCGAGCGUAUCGGCGGAGGCUAUCAACGCCUCCCUCUAUUACCUGCACGUCGCAACCCCCGAAGAUGAAGCUCUUCUCCAGGAAUACGAAAAGGAGCGCGAAGAGGAGGCCCGGAAGCGCAAGGAGGCUCUCGGAGAUGAAGCGGACACCCCUCUUGCAGGCCCACCACACCUGGCGCGAUUGAACAAUGUCCGGCGCAAGCCUGUACCGGGCGGCGCGAAUGCGGCUGCCUCGCCCAAGGCAGAAACCAAUGUCGCAUCUCCUCCGCUUCCAGCCCAUCCCCGCCCACCUUCAUGGCAAUCGCAGGAACCCCAAUCCCCGCCACCGGUGCUGGAUACCUUACAGCGUCCGUAUCUCCCCUAUCGUCCUAGCUUCCAAGGCACCGUGCCCAGUCAAACCUCGCCUGUCACCCUUCCGCCACAUCUGCCACUGGAUGAUCGCGACAGCGUUCUGCAGCUCGCCACGGGAGACCUUACAAAUCUGGAAAAUGCGCGUCCACCCAAGCAUCUACCUGCAGUCCCGCUGGAAGAUUCUGCAGCUAGUGACGCUGCCUCGACGAAGAGAUCCAACCGGUGGAGCGCGGCGUUGUCGGGGUACAUAUCUCGCGGUCAGGAAAGCUGGAAGGAGAAAUACGAGGCAUUGUCGUCCAGUCGCAAUAGCUUGGACACUAGGCGGCCUCGAAUUCGGCCUGAGAUCCGGCCACACUCGGCACAUGGGAGCCCCGCGCGCUCUUUUCAAGGAUCGCCUGCGCGAAGCCCUGGCCAGUCUCCAAGCCGGAGACCGCAGGAGCGUCAACCCCGCGAUACCCCCGGAUUUCACAUCACCCUUAUUCGCCGCGAUCCCACACAUGGCAGUCAGUGGAAUGUCGCGACGAUUUCCACUCCCCGCUUGGACGGUAGCGCCUUUGAUAUCGAGAUCUCCACCCCGGGUUACAAUCGAUUCCUGGCGCAGGAUGAGCCUUUCUCCCUUGCGAGUUUGGGCUUGAAUCUUCCCAAUACCGACGGACGACCACCGUCAUUGGCAUCAUUCAAGCUUCCUGCUUCUGUUCCGCCUGGCUUCCUGGACCCCACCCCAAGUCCCAAGGCGGCUUCCGCCCCAAACGACCGUUCUCAACCUCGACGCUUCCGCCGCAAGCUCUGCGUCUCACGACCAUAUAUCCAAGAUGAGCCUCGAGGGGGCUCCUUGGACAUGAACCGCGCGACGCUAGACUAUGGAGGCAGCGGCAGUCCGCCUAAGCCACUCCCGCCUGGCAUGUCCAAACUCAAGAGCGGCUACUACACAUUCACGUCACCCUGGAACGGCAUCUGCACUUUCUCCACCAGCGUCAACGGCCGCAGCUUGAAAUGCAAACAUAUGAUCCCCACGCCUGGCGGCCCCCAUCACUCUCACAGCAGAAGCAACGACAGCAGCCAUACUCACCCGUUCCCAUCCUCUGCCUCGACUACGACGCAGCCCCCGGAAAUUCCCGCCGUAACCGUGGCCGAGAUCCGCUUCAACACGCCCUUCCAAGCCGGUCAUCUCCACCAACCCCCUGGCCCAUCCCACGUCUCCCCCUUCGCCCUCAGCCAAACCACCCCAUUCCGUGAACUCUCCAAUCCCCAACAAUUCACCAUCCCUCCCGGCGAAUCCAGCCACCCCACCAACACCACCACCAUCUCCUCCCCGCAAACACCAACCUCCGCCGCCUCCACCACGUCCAAACGUAACUCCCUCGCUCAAUUCCUCAACCCAAACACCUACACCCGUCCCCGCGCCCGUUCCGGCGCCAGCACCUCAAGCCUCGGAGCUGGCGGCGGUAGCCCGCACAGACAUCAUCAACAACAUACCCGUCACCCAUCCAACAGCAGCACCAGCAGCGGCGGCGGCGGCGGCGGCGGCGGCGGCGAUUUCGACGAUCCCCACCACCACCACCACCACCACCACGCCAAGCAAAAGGAAGAGGAAGCCCUCCUCCUGCGCCGACGCGCCAGCGAAGACGAACGCCUCGACUUUUCCCUGGCCCGCGAGCGCGCCGGCGGCGGCAUGCGCGGCAAAUCCGCCAAGCUCGGCAAGCUGAUCAUCGAGGACGAAGGCAUCAAGAUGUUGGAUCUGGUGGUCGCCGCUUGUAUGGCGGUCUGG